UGAAAGAACCAUAAAUCCAGAGAAUGUCAGACCUUGAUGACAAAGUUUGAUGACAAAAUUUACCCACGAAGGACCGCCGUGUCACCUUCCAGUUCAAGUGAGCACAGUACAACAAGACCCUGGACCUUGCCUAGAAAACUACAAUUCCCAAGACGCAGCGGUGCAGGUGGCCAGGCAACUGAUAUUCGCACCUGCCAGGAAAGUCCUCUGGGCCGGAGCAGGACGACUCCUUUGACUUCCUCUUUAAGAUUGUCCUGGUGGGAGACUCAGACGUGGGGAAGACCUGCGUGGUCCAGAGAUUUAAGUCUGGUGUCUUCAUGGAGAAACAGCAGAACACUAUCGGGGUGGAUUUCACCGUCAGAACCAUGCUCAUCAAUGGCAGGAAGGUCAAGCUGCAGGUGUGGGACACAGCUGGACAGGAGCGUUUCCGCUCAAUCACCCAGAGUUAUUACCGCAGUGCCCACGGCGCCAUAGUGGCCUACGACAUCACACGCCGGCCAACCUUUGACUCUUUGACACACUGGAUCCAGGAAGUGGAACAAGACGGGGCUGCAAGCGUUGUGCUCAUCCUCAUUGGGAACAAGUCAGACCGGCAGUCGGAGAGACAGGUGCUGUUUGAGGAUGCCUGUACCCUGGCUGAGGGGAGGGGUGCGCUGGCCGCCCUGGAGACCUCUGCGAAGGAGGCCCAGAAUGUGGAGGCAGCCUUCAUGCUCAUGGCCCGGGAGCUGAUGGUGAGGAACGGCCUCGCCGUCACAGACCAACACUCACAGGCCUCCCCACACAUCUUUCCAAACUCCCAUCCAAUCCAUGGCACCGAUCCUACAGACAGGAAGUCAUGUUGUUGAGAGAAUUGCGUGGGAGGGUUUGUGGUGCUGAUAACUUGUCUGGAAUCAACAUCGCCUACACAGUCCCAUGACACUUGACCUUGUAGAUGUAAAGCAACAAAGCCCACUCGUUUUUGACGGCUUACAUCUACAGGUGCUGUCAAGAAGUGUGCUUCGGGAUAGGGGAUGAGUGUACUAUAUUGUGUGGAUGUGAUAUGAGUACUCUACUGAUAAUGGCAAAUAUCACUGCCACUGAGUGUACCAGUGGUCAAACACUUGUUACCAGUACUUAAUGUUAAAAGUAUCCCAUGCCACCUGUGGCUUAUCGUACAUGGGGCGGAAUGAUGUAUUCACCUUAUUUGUUGGAUAUGUAACAAUUAUUUACUUAAACAGUGAGAUUUCUGUCCUGCUAAUGCUGAGUUUUAUGGUGUCCACUCUAGCUUCCCGGUGAUAAAACCUACAGCUGGCCUUCCAGGGACAGGAUGUGGGGAGGUUGUGACUGUUAGAGAGGAGUAGAAUAAAGGCCUCAAUGGUUCUUAAACAUCCUGGCCUGGGAAAUUAGGCCAGGGUCGGGGGUGUAGAUACAGAUAGGAUUGGCUCAUGGUGCCCCCCCAAUCUAUAUGGGAGGGGUAGAACCAAGCAUUCUGGGUAUAUGAACUGCAUUGUCUGUAUGAUUCAGACUCUCAGCCUAAUGGUCUCAUUAUUACAAUAAUUCAUCAAUAUUAAAGAUGA